AUGGCUAAGAAAAACAAAGAAAUGGUUAAGUCAAGAGUUUCAUGGGUUAAUUCUGAAAAAUCAUGGGAAUCCUUCCUACUCCGAGUUAAAACACUAAAUUUGCCUGUAGUGGUGCACUUCACUGCUACAUGGUGCAUGCCUUCAGUAGCAAUGAAUCCAUUCUUUGAUGAUUUGGCUUUAAACAAUCCUUGUGCGCUAUUUCUUCGUGUCGAUAUGGAUGAAGUCUUGAAUGGAGCAAAACAAUUGCGAGUAACAGCCAUGCCAACCUUUUUGAUGAUGAAUAAUGGGGUUAUUGUAGAUAAGCUUGUAGGAGCCAACCCACAAGAGAUGCAAAAGACGGUCGGUAAUUUUGUCCAGUUAAAUUAUGCAAAAGAGGGUCGAUAA